UCGGCGUUCUUAAUGAACGUCUAAGAAAUAGGUGUCUAUGAACCCCAAAUUAGUGAAGGCUUGGAUAUCCAGUGUUUAUUGGUAUCUUCAAUAAGCAGAUACUUGCAGUAAAGUAUCCUACACUAGGAUUUGAUAGAUAUAUGUGCAUUUGUUAUUAGAUUGACAUAUCCGUUGACAUAUCCAACACUAAAAACGUUUUAAAACUACAGUCUUACGUUGGCCGUUCUGUAUACUGUUUAUUUAAACGAGGGGCAGAUCAGAACCACUUCGAUGUUCCUGUACAAUCUGACGCUGCAGCGGGCUACUGCGAUAACCGCUUCAUGUCAUGGGAACUUUUCUGGUCACAAGCAACAAGAGAUAGCUGUAGCGAAAGGGAAAAUUCUGGAAAUACUUAAGCCUGAUCCGAAUACCGGAAAAGUUCACACAGUUUACGCUACGGAUGUAUUUGGUGUAAUUCGCAGUCUCGCCGGGUUUAGGCUGACUGGAGGGAGUAAGGACUACCUUAUUGUCGGUUCAGAUUCAGGUCGCAUCUGUAUUCUCGAGUUCAACCCAACCAAAAAUGUCCUGGAAAAAGUUCAUAUGGAAACCUUUGGAAAAUCGGGAUGUCGGCGAAUUGUUCCAGGCCAGUAUCUUGCCUGUGAUCCCAAAGGGCGUGCCGUUAUGAUUGGUGCCGUGGAAAAACAGAAGCUUGUCUACAUCCUUAACCGAGACAGUAAUGCCCGUCUGACGAUAUCGUCACCAUUAGAGGCACAUAAAAGUAACACUUUGGUCUAUCAUAUGGUAGGCGUGGAUGUUGGAUUCGAAAAUCCGAUGUUUGCGUGCAUUGAGCUCGACUACGAAGAAGCUGACAAUGAUCAUACAGGGGAGGCUGCCAAAUCUACACAACAAACUCUUACGUUCUACGAGCUUGAUCUUGGUCUGAACCAUGUAGUCCGCAAGUACUCUGAAUCUCUUGAAGAGGCCAGUAAUUUUCUAAUUGCCGUGCCAGGAGGUUCAGAUGGACCGUCAGGUGUGCUCGUCUGCUCGGAAAACUUUAUAACAUAUAAAAAUUUUGGUGAUCAACCCGACAUCAGAUGCCCAAUUCCACGUCGUAGGAACGAUUUGGAUGAUCCAGAAAGGGGCAUGAUUUUUGUGUCUUCUACACAGCAUAAGACAAAGUCCAUGUUUUUUUUCUUGGCUCAAACUGAACAAGGCGAUAUAUUCAAGAUCACACUCGAGUGUGACGAGGAUAUGGUAACUGAAGUUAAAUUGAAAUACUUCGAUACACUUCCCGUUGCGCAAACAAUGCAUGUACUCAAAUCCGGAUUUCUCUUCGUUGCUUCGGAAUUCGCCAACCAUGCAUUAUAUCAAAUUGCGCACCUCGGUGAUAAUCAAGACGAACCGGAGUUCUCAUCGAGUAUUCCACUGGAAGAAGGAGACACAUUUUUUUUUGUACCACGUGAACUUAAGAACCUAGUGCUAGUCGAUGAAAUAGAUUCGUUGGCUCCGAUAAUGACUGCGCAGGUGGCUGAUCUCACAAAUGAAGAUACACCCCAGCUAUACGCUGCUUGUGGCAGGGGGCCACGAUCAUCAUUAAGAGUGCUUCGUCACGGUCUUGAAGUGAGCGAGAUGGCUGUUUCAGAGCUUCCCGGCAACCCAAAUGCUGUGUGGACUGUAAAAAGAAGAGUGGACGACGAUUACGACGCGUACAUCGUGGUGUCAUUCAUCAAUGCCACGUUGGUAUUGAGUAUUGGUGAAACCGUGGAAGAAGUAACGGACUCUGGAUUUCUCGGUACAACGCCAACACUGGCGUGUCAUCAAAUUGGUGAUGACGCUCUUGUUCAAAUCUAUCCAGAGGGAAUUCGACAUAUACGAGCUGAUCGGCGUGUGAAUGAAUGGCGUACUGCGGCCAAGAAGCAGAUUGUAAAGUGUGCUGUUAAUCAGCGUCAGGUGGUAAUCGCAUUGUCUGGUGGGGAACUCGUUUAUUUUGAAAUGGAUUCCGCAGGUCAGCUUAACGAGUACACAGAUCGCAAAGAAAUGAACGGUGAUGUUCUGUGUAUGGCGCUCGCAUCAGUGCCUGCAGGAGAACAGCGAACACGCUUCCUCGCUGUUGGGCUCGCUGAUGAAACGGUACGUGUAAUUUCCUUAGACCCAGCAAGCUGUCUGGCUCCUCUCUCUAUGCAGGCGUUGCCAGCAAAUCCGGAAUCAUUAGCAAUUGUUGAUAUGUCUAGCCACGACGAAGACAGUGAACUUUCCGCGCUAUACCUCAAUAUCGGUUUGCUAAACGGGACGCUACAUAGGACUGUUCUUGAUGCCGUUACCGGUGAUCUUUCGGACACACGGAUACGUUUCCUAGGCUCUCGUAGCGUUAAACUAUUCAAGGUGAAAAUGCAAGCGACCGAUGCAGUAUUAGCGAUGUCCUCUCGAUGUUGGCUAUCGUACUUAUUUCAAAACAGGUUUCAUUUAACGCCGCUUUCAUACGAUUCACUCGAAUACGCGUCAGGGUUUUGUUCAGAACAAUGUCCCGAAGGUAUCGUCGCCAUUGCAGGCAACACACUGCGUAUUCUUGCACUCGAAAAACUUGGCGCCGUGUUUAAUCAGGUCAGCAGUCCCCUUGAAAUGACACCAAGGAGGUUCGCCAUUGAUACCAAGGCGAGAAAGAUCAUUGUAAUUGAGACGGAACAUAACGCAUACAAUGAGCAAAUGAAAGAGAAGAGGAAGCAACAAGUUGCUGAGGAAAUGGUAGAAGCUGCCGGCGAAGAGGAGCAGGAAAUGGCCGCUGAAAUGGCUGCGGCAUUUCUUUCAGAAGAUCUUCCCGAGGCGACGUUUGGCGCACCACGUGCAGGAGCUAAUCUUUGGGCUUCACAAAUCCGGAUUAUCAAUCCUGCCGAUUUAUCAACAGUCUUUAAGCUUGCACUUGAGCAAAAUGAAGCUGCUGUCAGCUGCGCAUUGGUUCACUUCAGUGGAGGCAAAAAUGACGAGGGAACUCUUUUGGUGGGAGCGACCCGAGAACUACAGCUUAAUCCGCGAAUUGUAAAGAGCUCUUCGGUACGUGCUUACCGCGUCUCAGAUGACUGUACGUCGUUAGAACUUCUCCACACUACUCCUAUGGAUGACGUGCCCCAAGUCAUCUGCCCGUUUCAAGGGAGGGUUCUUAUUGGAGUUGGCAAGUGUCUUCGCAUAUACGACCUUGGGAAGAAAAAAUUGUUACGAAAAUGUGAGAACAAACACAUCCCCAACCUCAUUGUUACCAUAAAUGUUAUUGGAGACCGUAUAGUUGUCGGCGAUCGCGAGGAAAGCUUUUUCUUUGUCAGGUACCGUCGACAAGAAAAUCAGCUAAAUAUAUUUGCAGAUGACUUUUCUCCUCGAUGGACGACUGCGUCUUGCAUGGUCGACUAUAGAACGAUUGCCGGCGCUGAUAAGUUCGGCAACGUAGCUGUGCUAAGAUUGCCGAGUGAAGUAUCAGAUGAGGUGGACGAAGAUCCCACAGGAGUGCGAAGUCUCUGGGAUCGCGGAUGGCUAGGAGGGUCUGCUCAAAAAGCUGAGAUUGUUUGCGCCACCCACGUCGGUGAACUGGUUGUCUCAUUGCAGAAGACUGCGCUUAUCCCAGGCGGACCAGAGGCUAUCGUGUACACAACACUUGCGGGUGGAGUUGGUGCGCUUAUUCCUUUUAGCACAAAAGACGAGCACGAGUUUUUCCAGCAUCUUGAAAUGUAUAUGAGGACAGAACAUCCACCUCUCUGUGGACGAGAUCAUCUGUCGUUUCGAAGUUACUACUUUCCGGUAAAGAACAUAAUUGACGGGGAUCUGUGCGAGCAGUACAACUCAUUGGAUGCGGCCAAACAGAAGCAAAUAGCGGAAGACCUUGACAGGCAACCGCACGAAGUGGCCAAACAGCUUGAAGAUAUUAGAACCAGAUUUGCUUUCUAAAUUGUAUUUUGUAGAAGCUGUAUUAUUAUAUUGCCGAGAGAACAUGGUGAUUAAUUAUGUGAAUAUUCUGCGUUUUUCUUUAUUUUUUCAUGAAAUGCGAAUAAAAUAUUU